AUGCGAAUUUGCACUGUGGAAGAUUUAAAUGCUUUUGGUAUCCAUGUGGACUGGAGACGAACUUUUAUUACAACCGCCGUAAACCCAUUCUACGAUUCAUUUGUAAGAUGGCAAUUCUUGAAGCUGAAAGAAAUGAACAAAAUCAAGUUUGGCAAAAGAUACACAAUCUUUUGCGAAAAGGACGGUCAGCCGUGCAUGGACCAUGACAGAUCAUCUGGAGAAGGAGUUGGUCCCCAAGAAUAUACACUUAUUAAGAUGGCAGUGCUUGAACCAUAUCCAGAAAAAUUAAAGGCAUAUUCCAAGAACCCAAUAUUUUUGGUAGCAGCUACUUUGAGGCCUGAAACGAUGUAUGGUCAGACCAACUGCUGGAUUCACCCAGAUAUGAAAUAUAUCGCCUUUGAGACGGAGAAAGAGGAAAUUUUCGUCAGCACUGCCCGGGCGGCGAGAAAUAUGGGCUUCCAAGGAUUUACCAAACUGGAAGGGAAAUACACCGUGCUGGUUGAACUGCUUGGCCAAGUGAGUGUCUAUAUUGGGUAUUAUAGAAAAUGAUUCUUCUAGAUUUGAUGCGAAAAAAAUUAUACAAACAUAGGCUUAUUCGAGUGUGUCUGCGUUAACACACGCUUUGUUAUCUUCUGUGUUUUCUGUUAUGUUAAAGUUUCGUAUUUCAACUGGCGGUUUCUCAAUAAGUGUACAUGUGGACGUAAAUUCCAAAAUAUUCAAUGCAACAAUUCGUCAAAAACGCAAUGACCAGAAAUAACAAAUGUAUGAUAAUACCAAAGCGCGUCUUUUACUGAAAGCCCCCUUGCGCGAAUGCGUAAUAUUUGA